GUAUAUGCCAUUGGUCCCAUGAUUGGAAUUGGCUCCUUCAGAAGAGAGUUGGUUAAGGCUCGCAAUAAUACUUUUUGCCAAAUAGGGGUGUUUACAACUGUAGAGAUUGAGUUUGGACAUUCAGAACUGGAUCCACAACCCCGCUGUGCCAUAACUGUCCAGACCUAUUUGUGGUAAUAUUUUCAUACGUAACUCAGAGGUGUACUACACAUUAAAACCCCUAUGCAGCCAGGGGAAUGCUUCUGACAAAGAACAGAAACCAGGGAUUAUUCUUCUGCUGCCACCAAUGUAAUUGAGGGGCAACUGCAGAAGCAGGCGUUGAACCAGUGACCAUGUGGAUCAAGGCAUGUGCACUACAACCUGUGCCAUAAAAGCAAAAAUCCUAUCUAAGCAUGCUCAGGCCAGGAAGACUACACAUGGGUCAGGAUAAAGAUGAGUCUGACAGGAGUGAAGUUUUUGGACAAAGUGGACCCUUGCCUUUUGGCUGAUCCAUUUGUAGUUUCAAGAGAAUUGCAGGCCUUUGAGACGGCCAGUCAAGUGAACGCUUCAUAAUUUGAGGACAUGGAGCAGAACAACAGUUUGCCUCCUUUCCAGGGUCUUGCCUCCCCUCAGGGGGCAAUGACUCCUGGUAUGCCCAUUUUCAGCCCCAUGAUGCCCUAUGGCAGUGGUCUGACUCCCCAACCUGUCACGAACACAAACAGCUUGUCUCUCCUGGAAGAGCAGCAGCGGCAACAACAACAACAGCAGCAGGCUUCGGCCCAGCAGGCUGGGGUGCCAGGGGGUUUGGGACAGACACCACAGCUUUAUCACUCCCAAACAGUCACCACCACCACACUGCCAGGAAACACUCCCCUCUACACUGCUACACCGCUAACCCCCAUGACACCCAUCACACCUGCCACUCCUGCCUCUGAGAGUUCUGGGAUUGUCCCUCAGUUACAGAACAUCGUAUCCACUGUGAACUUGGGCUGCAAACUUGACUUGAAAACAAUAGCACUGCGAGCUAGAAAUGCUGAGUACAACCCCAAGCGAUUUGCUGCUGUAAUCAUGAGAAUACGAGAGCCAAGAACAACUGCACUUAUCUUCAGUUCUGGAAAAAUGGUUUGCACGGGAGCCAAAAGUGAAGAGCAGUCCCGCUUGGCGGCCAGGAAAUACGCCAGAGUUGUGCAGAAGUUGGGCUUCCCAGCCAAAUUUCUUGAUUUCAAGAUUCAGAACAUGGUGGGCAGCUGUGACGUCAAAUUCCCCAUUCGGUUAGAGGGACUUGUACUAACUCACCAACAGUUCAGCAGUUAUGAACCUGAGUUGUUCCCUGGGCUAAUCUACAGAAUGAUCAAACCCAGAAUUGUCCUGCUGAUAUUCGUUUCAGGCAAAGUUGUAUUAACAGGUGCAAAGGUCAGAGGAGAAAUUUAUGAAGCAUUUGAAAACAUCUACCCCAUCUUGAAAGGAUUCAGGAAGACAACGUAAAUAUUUAUGCCUGCAAUCUUUUUUAUUUUAUUUUUUUAAUAGUCACAGGGGAACUUGCUCUGUUGUGACCCGUUACAUUGGGACUCUGAACCUGUACAUUUUAAUCGGCAAGUCGGGGACCCCUCCUAAUCACCUUAAUGGUGAUUUGAUACUAGGGGAAAUGCUGUAUUUUAGCAGUUUUAUUUGUUUUUAAAUGACUCUCUUGCUUGAUAUUAAAUGAGGCAGUCUGACUGACAAUUUCUUUUUAUUGAAGCAUUUCAUUUUUCUGAUGUAGGUUUUAAGAUGUUAUCCUAUCAUUUCUCAGUGCAUGUUUGUCCACACAACCCUACAAGCAGACAUUCAAGAUUCCUAACCUUAUUCUUUAAAUGGUUUUUACAGUCAAUUUAACUGUUAUGAAUAAUCUCCAGAUUGAAUGUUACUUAGGAUUGUGUUGCAAGGCUUACCAAUUUGUCAUUAUUGCGACUAUUUUUUGUACAUAUUCAAUUUUGAUAACUCUUUGCUGCUGAAGUCAAGAAAAUGGUGUAACGUGGAGUGGAACAUUCAUCAUGCAACCUUGUGCAUCUGAGUUUUAUUAGUAACUAUGUACCUCGGAUGUCUUUUCUCAUUCAGUUUUUGGUCAUUUUAAGUGCUAUUUAAGAACAGUCAUGUUUUAAUGCUAAAAUAGACUAAUCAAUUCACCGUGGAUUUUGUUUCAAUAGUUGAUACGUACUGUAUAUUUGGUCUACCAACUAAGCACACGUAAGCAGUCAGUCAUUGUUCUUGUUUUAAAUGUUAUUUUGCCCCAUUGUGCACAAUUAAAUAUUCACUUAUCCAAUUGUGA